AUGGCUUAUGUGACUGUUUAUAGGAGUUCGGAGGAAGCUUCUCCACAUGCAGCAAUUCACUUUGACAAUAGGAAAAUAAAGGUGCAUUUGAGCUUCUUACUGUUUCUCCAUCGGCUAGCAGAAGAAGCCAGGACAAAUGCUUUUGAGAACAAAAGUAAAAUAAUUAAACCUGAGCACAUUGUAGCUGCAGCAAAGGUUAUUUUAAAGAAAAGCAGAGGCUAG